AUGGACGGAAACCAAGCAGUCCAAUAUCUGGACUCAUUGAUCGGUCGGACGUUACGAGUGCACGCGACAGAUACGCGCAUUUUCGUGGGUACCUUCAAGUGUACGGAUGCGGCACGAAAUAUCAUCCUUGCCAGCACCUACGAAUACCGCUUUCCUUCCCCAUCUACUGUUCGAGACGCCGCCACGGGUACGCAUGAUUCAGCCGCCGGUAGCGCAGUCGACGCCCAGAGCGUCAAGAUGGAUAUGACGAGUCGAUUUAUCGGUCUUGUGGUCGUUCCUGGCCAACAUAUUACGAAAAUUGAGUUGGAGGAAACCCCGCAGCAGAUUCGCGCGCGGGAGUCCCUGAAGAAGUAG